GAGAGAUGAGAUUAUCCCUUUCCUAUAAAGAAGCCCCCAUUAGGCUAAAAACUCAUCAUCAGUGUUUCCAUCAGACUUUCGGUUCCCUCUCUCACAAUCAUCUCUCUGGCAAAUUGGCAAUGGCUUCUGCUCAAGGCAAAUGGGUCAAGUGAGUCCACAGUCAUCAAUCUGGCCAUGGUUCUAGCACAAGGCAAAUGGAUCAAGCUUGAACAAAAAGGAAGUGGGCCUGGAGCACGAAGCUCGCAUGCCAUCACCAUUGUGGGACAAAAGGCUUAUGUUUUUGGAGGCGAAUUCACACCACGUGUACCAGUAGAUAACCAUAUGCAUGUGCUUGAUCUCAAUGACCUAACAUGGUCAGUGGCUGAAGUCACCGGCAACGCCCCUCCGCCACGUGUCGGUGUCACAAUGGCGUCUGUUGGUGAAACCAUUUAUGUGUUUGGUGGUAGAGAUGCCACACACACAGAGCUCAAUGAGCUCUACUCUUUUGACACGGUUACAAACAAGUGGACACUUAUCUCAAGUGGGGACACCGGACCGGCCCACCGGAGCUACCACUCAGUGACUUCUGAUGACCGGCGAGUGUAUGUAUUUGGUGGGUGUGGUGUCAAUGGCAGGUUAAACGAUCUAUGGGCUUAUGACGGUGCUGAGAAAAAGUGGAUCAAAUUUCCGCUACCAGGGGAGAAUUGCAAGCCUAGAGGUGGGCCUGGGCUGGCUGUGGCCCAGGGAAAAAUAUGGGUUGUUUAUGGUUUCUCCGGUGUAGAGCUCGACGAUGUGCACUUCUUUGACCCAGUUAAUGAAAAGUGGGUCCAAGUAGAGACAAGUGGCGAAAAACCAACACCCCGCAGCGUGUUUUCAACGGUUGGGAUUGGAAAGUACAUAUUCAUAUCCGGUGGGGAAGUGGAUCCUAGUGACUUGGGCCACCUUGGUGCUGGGCAAUUUUCAGGUGAUCUCUAUGCACUCGACACCGAGACACUAGUGUGGCAAAAAUGGGACGAUAGCUCCAACUCUGGCGAUAAUCAUCCGGGACCACGUGGAUGGUGUGCAUAUGCCCCUGGAAAACGAGAUGAACAACCUGGAUUGUUGGUGUAUGGUGGCAAUUCGCCUAGCAACGAUAGGCUUGGUGACAUUUUCUUUUUCACUCCUAGCUCACUCCUUGCAUGAGUGGAAAUGGAAAAUGAUCAUUGAUGGGUAAGGUUUUUUUUUUUUGGGUAGUGAUUUGCAAUGAUAAUCAUGAUGAUAUGUAUGUGUAUGUAUGCGUGUAAUGGUACUGCCUCCUUAUGUGUGCAAUGAAUAAAUUUGACUUUGAUGAGACA